CAUAUAACAAUGACAGAAAAGUCUAACAAAAGGCUGAUGACGCUGAAAAGAGGGAAUUUGCAUUAACAUCUAUUUCCUCACUUCACGCCAUCUACAACAUACCAGCAGCAACGUACGGGGCUACUCACAACAUUGAACGCGAAUUCGCAUUUGUAGCUAUUUACUCACUGUGCACACAUACACGCAAAUAAUUAACAUUUCGGUAGAAACACUAAUUAGAUGUUUUAUCCAAUAUUCAGUGUGUACGCAUGCUGACUUCGUGAUGGCAAGUAGCACCAUUUCUUGCGUGUCAUUAGAUGAAGAAAACUAAAGAAUCUCGGAAGUUGGAUAUUACCAUAGCGGAAAUUUUUGAGGAUGCUGCAAACAGUGAUUAUUCGAAGAUUUAUUUUCGCGAUCCUUCUAUGUCUUUUGGUGCUGCUCAGCUCCUCGAUUGUAAGAAACAAUAGAAAGCUCAUUCAAACGACACAUCUACACAUCCACCUGAAACCCAAGUUUCCUGAGUCCGCCUCUCCGGCAGUUCCACGAUGCCAGCCAAUCAAAAACGUCGUUUUCAUCAAGACACACAAGACCGGAAGCUCCACGAUAGCCAAUAUCAUGUUCAGGUUUGGCCUGAGACACAACUUGAACUUUGCACUCCCCAACACAAAGCUUUAUACUAAAGACUUUAAUUACAUGUCGAAGCCCGGGGAAGUGAUGACAAGGGACUUUUUUUAUCCCCUGCCCGACAACCAAGAGUACAACAUACUUGCGCAUCAUUCUAUCUACAACAGGACCUUCUAUCAUAAGGUCAUGCCCAAAAACACGACCUAUAUAUCAAUAUUGCGAGAGCCCUUCGCGCAGAUGGUAUCCACGUAUGAAUACUACAGAUUUGAAAAGAAGUUCGUGUCCAUGUCUCCUGAGCGCUUUAACGCUUCAAAUCCUAUCUCGUCUUUUUUGGAAAAUCCUUAUAUGUAUACUCAGAGCGGUACAAAUUUUACCUACAUGAGAAAUAAGCAAGCACAAGAUUUGGGUUUUAUGCAGGAACAUCUUGAGCCAUCCAAAUUUAAAGAAUACAUAGACAUUUUAGACAAGGACUUCGAUCUUAUUAUGAUACUAGAAUAUUUUGACGAGAGUCUCCUGAUCUUGAAGCAUCAACUCUGUUGGGAACUAAAGGACAUCUUGUAUAUUCCUGUCAACCAAAACAUCAGAAAAAGAAAAUGGCCCUCCACGGAUGAGGACAGAGCAAAUCAUAAAAAGUUUAGCCCGAUAGAUUAUACGUUAUAUAAUCACUUCUUAUCAAAAUUUACAAACUCAUUGUCGAUUCAAAAGGACGAGUUUUUUCAAGAACUUAAAUAUUUUAGAACUGUUUUAAAAGAGGUUCGAUUUAACUGCAUGUUUGGAAGAACGUUCACUGUACAAGCAACGAAAUGGCACGGGGUUUUUAACUUUACAAAUCAGGAUUGUGAACUGUCGAACAUGCGUUUCCGUCAAGCCGUCGGACUUUUGUAUAGUCGGUCAAACAUCCCUAAUUAUAAAAAUGCGCACAAACUUAUUGAGAGAAAAGGCAUAUAUAACAUUUAACCUGAAGCCCUUAAAAAGAAAUGGGCGCUAAGGUAUAAAUCACGAGACUCCACGACAAUCAUUUUCAAACUUUUUCUCAGGUUCUUGUCAUUAAGUGUUCGAGCACUCUCCGAUUUUUUGUGGCUCAGAGCAAAGUAAAAAAAAAAGUGAAAUAUUGUUUGUUACGAUCAACAGACCUGGUAAACAUUGAGUCAUAUUAAAUACUAGCCGUAACUAGCCGGAUAUAACCCGCAGACCUUUGUUUCUGUAUCACGGAUCUAGCGCAAUGUUCACUUACAUAGCUAAGAUAAAAUAAUGUGAAAAUUGGUUUAGCCAAUUUGUUAAAAAGUUUCGUUCUUCCAUAAAGAUAGGUUUAAAUACUUUUUAAAUUAUUUUUAAGGCCUUCUCGUUGUGGGAGAUCGGCCUCCUCCCUGAUCCAAGUAACAUUCAUGCCAAAUUUGAUUAAGAUUGGUCAAACGGUUUUGAUUUCUAUUCGAGACAUACUUACAUAUAUACUCCUUACUUGCUUUAUAUACUAGAUGACUUAUAUUUACACCUAGCCGGACAUGACCCGCGGCCUGCAGGCCUUAGUUUAGGUAUUACUGAUCUAGUGGACUGGAGUUGGAUCUAUUUUGAACAUGUCCAAUGUUCCCUUAUCAAUUAUUCUUUUAUUUCGCCACUAAAAUGAAGCAGAGUAUUAAAAUGGGUAUACUAGUUUAGACGAAAUAUUGAUACCAAAUAUAAAAUAAAAAUACUGUGAAAACGGGAUGAAAACAGGUUUGUUAAAAACUUUCGUCCUUUAAUAGAGAUAUAUUUUAGGUAUUUUUUUUAUUAUUUAUAGGGUCUUCCGGUUGUGAGUGGGGCAUUAAACAUACACUACGGUCUCCAUCAUAAUCUAAGGAACUGUUAUGUCAAAUUUUAUCAAGAUUGGUCAAACGCUUUUGAUUUCUAUGCGGGACAUACAUGCAUCUCAAAUAGUUUUAUCUAGUCCAAAUCUAGUUCUUCUCUCAAAGUAAACUUUUUAAGUGACCGAGUCAACAUCGCGAUCAAAACUCUUGUCAGGUAGAUAGGCGGCUUAUACCAUUCAGCCAAACAUCGAUGAAUACUUAGAUUUAAAUAUUGUUUCGUGUGAAAUAUCUACUAGUUCAUGUUUUACACGCAGAUAUUCAUGAAGUUUGACCUCGUCAUUAGACCACGUGAUGGGACCUAGUUGAAGUGUCCAAAAAGGGAUCGAGAUAAAUCCCUUUUGUGAACCUUUGACCCGAGAAAUGAUUCUAAGACUUAAGACUAAGACUUGCUUUAUUGAUCCUUACGGAAAUUUGUUGUGAUUACAAGGACUCGUUUCUCAUAUAAAGACAACACAACAGAAAAAUACACAUAAAUACAACAGACAACAUAAAGAGUUCAUUCAGCGACUACACACAGGUAUCUUUCGUGUUCCCUGAUCAAUGAGUGGCGGUGAUAGAGUCUGACCGAGUGAGGUACGAGACUUGAGACAUUAUCUCGUGGCCAGCAUGAAGGGUGUGCUUGUCAUCGACCCUUCUGUCUGGAGACCCACAUCAAUUAGAUGCUCAUCUAAUCACGUUCGACUGUUCAUGGGUCACUGUCCCUUGAGCCAAUACAAUGGGCUCCUCCGUCCCAUGCGAGGAAAGAGGCCUAGCUCACGAGAGGACAAAAACUCAAUAUUCCUAUUACGUACAUCGCGUUCCGGAGAGGAAACAUCACCGCUCGUAUGGUCUCGGCUGGUGAAUGGUUCGAGGAAUCGGACAGGGUUAGCAAGUCUUCUUCCAUCCUCACCACGUUCAGGUUUGCUCGCUAGAGCAUAACUGUGGUAGCCUACAGGGGUUACAGGAGGUUAUGUUCACUCUCGUUCUUAGCCUAUCCGGUUCCAGGGCGGACAUUUCCACAAUGCUCUAUUGACUAUUGGAGGCGCGGUGGCUGAGCGGUAAAGAGCUUGGCUUCCGAACCGGAGACCGGGAUUUUGAUUCCUGGUGAAGACUGUGAUUUUUAAUUUCGGAUCUUCGGGCGCCUCUUAGUCCACCCAGCCCUAAUGGGUACCUGACAUUAGUUGAGAAUAGUAAAGGCGCUUGGUCGUUGUGCUGGCCACAUGACACCCUUGUUAACCGUAGGCCACAGAACCAGAUGACCUUUACAUCGUCUGCCCUAUAGACCACAAGGUCUGAAAGGGGAACUUUACUUUUGUUUUUUUACUAUUGACUAUUGCAUAACGCGUAAAGAAAAAAAAACACAGGGUGGUCUUCAGGGGCGGGCUGGGUGUCUAACCCGGCCCGGGCAUUUCUUUACAAUCCUGCCCACAAAUUGUAUAUCAUAUGAUGGACCUCCAUUUCUAGGUCUACCUGUCCUCAAAAUCAUUCUGUUAAGUUAGAUAAUGUAUCGAUAACUGAACGCAUGCAUACAAUGAACUCUGUAUUUUUUUAAGAAAUAUAGUAGGCCUUAUGUGGCUUUUUAAUAGCUAAAAUUGGGGCCCUAAAAGGAUGAAUUCUAAUAGUAGCACUAUCGACGGAUGUACACUAUUACAUUAUUUCGAAAAAUGUGUUAGAUUAAAUGGCCCUCAUUCACCAACCAUAAACAAACAACAUUUAGCCACGUGGUGCUCUAUCUUUUCUAUAGGCCCUAUAAUUUGCGAUCUCAUGUUUAAUUCAUGAUGGUUGUCACGUGACAGUUUUUUUUCGUUGUUUUAUCAAUAAGAUCACGUGACUAAAUGUUGAUUGUUUACGAUUGGUGAAUGAGGCCCAUUAGCAUUACGCUGUAGUGUAGAGUCUGUAAAAGAUUGAUUUUUUUUUAACACGGCGCUCAGAUGGCCUCUUUUACAAGAGAAUAUUAUUAAACCUUUAAGAAUUUAAUACGUUCUAACUUCUAUAGUGGCAUUCAUGAGGCCUUUUAGGUGGCCCUACCAGCCCUUUUGGGUACCGACCCAUUUGCCCGAAUGCCCAUAUAGCCAGUCCCCCAUAGUAGGCUUGUCAUCAUACAGUACACGAGCCCUACACGUGUACAUCAAACUGACUAGUUCAUACCAGAAAGUCGGACAAAGAGUCUGCUUACUUAUGGGCAAGAAUUGUGUGUAACUAUUUUAGUGUAAAAUUCUUGUAUCCUUGUGUAUAUUCUUGUCUAAGUUGACCAAUGUGUUAUUUUCUUGUCUGACCACUCAACAUACAAAAACCACUAUUGCAUAAUGCACAAGGGAAAAAAAACGCAGUUGUCAUCAAGGACUAUACACAGCGGUACACUACGCCUACACGCUUAGGUCAUUCUGACCAGGUUGUUGAACUCAGCCGGGCAGUCUAUUAGUGGUAUAAUUUUGUUUUUAUAGAGUUAUCCUAAUGCUCUUAUCUACAUAGGGCCAACUGAAGAUUUAGACCUAGAUCUCAAUAAUAUUAUUAUGCUAUUAUAUGCUUCGGCUUCAUCUACGUUUUAAGCUAUAAAAAGGGUGUACUUUAUGUUCCUGCAGUAAAUAAAUAUUGUUUACCGCAAAGGAAUUGAUUAAAAUCACUGAAUAUUGACCUAACACGCUUAUUACAUUUCCACUAUAAACGAACAGAAAUUAAACACCACCACGUGACUGAACAACCCCAUUCAUAAUAUUGCUGCUCCGUUCACGUACAUAUAUAUUGGCUCCAUAACUUCUACCACCAUCUUACUUUAAUAAUCCCUCUUCAAAUGCAGACUGUGACUCAAUAGUUGUUAAUUGCAUAAUUGUUGAUAUCGUGUACAUGAUCAGUGAAGAGGGAUGUGCGUUUCAACCGCUACCACAUGUUGAAAAGUUUUACACAUUUUAAUUGAACUUUUUAGUUUGUAACUAAACAAAAAAUCAAUUAAACUAUAAUUUUAACUAAUUUUUCGAAAUAAGCUUCGGCCUUAAUUAAUUUUUUUUCCAGUUAAGCUAUAAGUUUCUAACUUUUUAGUUUACUCUGGCCCAACUCUAAUCCUAGCAAUGGGACUAGCGCAGCUUGCCGAGGAUGACAAUUGGCUCUAAUCGCACGUAUCUUCAGCAGUAAAACGCUUUUUUGGAAUCGAAAUAUCACUAGUUUUAGUCUGAAACCAGCGGCUUAGCAACAAUGGCGCGACGGGGCUCAUUGCGCCGGGGCCCGUGUCUCAUAUAGGCCCAAAGGGGUCAUUGUAAUAUGGUCGUUUAUAAUUUGGUAAAAUAAAGUUGGGUCAAUGAAUGACACGACACUGUCACUUGUAAAAUGUGGUACAUCAGUGAUGCCCAAAAUACGGCCCGCGGUCCAGAUCCGGCUCGCGAAGUGGUUCUAUCCGGCCCGCCGAAACGUCAAUACAAAGUUUAGACAAAUCCCCCCCCCCAAAAGGUUGAAAAAUGAAGCUUUACCUACGUUAGGGUUCUCAUUUUCUAAUGCAUUGGUACCACCACAUUGAACACUUUAAUGGGAAAUGUACCAGGAAAAGUGAACGGAUCUUUACUUUUUGUGGAACAUGAUAAUAAGCCAACAUAUUUGUUUUUAUAAAGAACGUGUGGCUGUUUAAACACACAAACACAUAUGAACAGCAUUAUGAAACAAAUAUGGCGGCAAGACAAGAAAAUGAGUCGGUGGUAAGACUUGCUAACAUGUUGCUCAUAUUUGAAGUAGAGAAAUGAAGUCAUUUUCCGAAACCUCAAAAAAAAAAAAAAAAACAU